AUGGCCCUUCUCGGCAAGGCCUACCCUUUCAACCUCCGCAAGGCCAGCCUCUUCAGCAAGGCCAACCUCUUCAACAAGGCCAACCUCUUCAGCAAGGCCCUCCUGCUCAGCAAGGCCCUCCUGCUCAGCAAGGCCCUCCUGCUCAGCAAGGCCAUCCUGUUCAGCAAGGCCAUCCUGUUCAGCCCCAACAGGGUCUACGACGAGCAGGUCACCGACGAGCAGGUCAACGACGAGCAGAUCAACGACGAGCAGGCCAACGACGUUGCGGAGCACCACCUCGCAGAGUAA